CCCCUCUUCCUUUCUUCCUCCUUCUUCCCUCUUUGUUCUUACACUCUCAGACGGCUCAAGCCAACAUCACUGCUCACACAUCACUGCAAGAGCUGUGCUUGAGCAGUCGAAGUAGCCAUGGACCACGUCGGGGACGCAGAGAAGGCGAUGCCGUGGGCGGCCGGUCCCGCUGGCGGAAACUCGGCCGCCGCUGCCAUGCGCCUCAAGAUGCGCGCCUUCACAAAAGACCGUUUCGCCAAGCGCGUCAAGCUCGUCGGCCUCGCCUGCCUCGUCUUCAUUGUCUACGCUCAGUGGACGCAGAUCACCACCCCCUCGACAGACAAGGUGCUGCCCUCCGCGCACUUGUCCGCCUCAAAGCUCCAGCAAGACCUCCUGGUCUGCUCCAAGCUCCGCUCCAAGCCCGCCGACCCGGUUGGUCUCGGCCGCGAGAAGAAUGCUCGCUACAUCGAUGGCCACCGCCCCACGCUCAUCAAGAACGCCACCGUCUGGACGGGCGAGCCCAAGGCUGGCACCUCGCCCGAGGAUGCACGCAAGGGCAAGGGCUACGAAUGGAUCACCGCCGAUGUGCUGCUUGAGCACGGCCUGAUCAAGCGAGUCGGAGCCAUUGGCAAGAGCUCGGUCUCGCCAGACACGCUUGUCUUCGAUGCCGAGGGCCGGCAACUCACCACGGGCAUCAUUGACAUGCACAGCCAUGGCGGUGUCGAUAACCAGCCUGAGCUUUGGGGCCCCGAGGACACCAAUGAGAUGAGCUCAGACAUCACCCCUUAUGUGCGCUCCAUUGACGGUCUUGAUCCGCUCGAUUACCAGCUUCAGGUCAUCAAGUCUGGUGGUGUCACCACUAGCUUGGUCCUCCCCGGCUCCGGCAAUAACAUUGGCGGAGAGGCCUUUGUGAUCAAACACGCCGUUGGCAAGGAGGACGGCCGCAACGAGACGUCAGCCACAGACAUGUUGGCCGACCCGGAUCGGAACUGGCGUUACAUCAAGAUGGCAUGCGGCGAGAACCCGAAGCGCGUAUAUGGCAAGGUUGGCGAGCGCGGCCCCGUCACGCGGAUGGGCGAGUCGUGGGAGUUCCGCCACGCGUUCGAGCAGGCCGCGCAGCUCGUGCGAGAGCAGGACGACUGGUGCGAGGCUGCUGACAAGUUUGGCGUCGAGCAGAUGUCCUCUUAUCUGCCGCAGGAUCUCAAGUGGGAGACGCUGGGCGCUGUACUGCGAGGACAAGUCCACGUCAACACGCACUGCUACACGAUCCCCGAUCUUGAGGCGUUUGUGGACCACACCAACGAGUUCAAGUUUGCUGUUCGGGCUUUCCACCACGCCCAUCAGACUUACCUCGUGCCGGAGAUCCUGAAGCGUGCUUGGGGCAGCUCCCCACCGGCAUCGGCCCUCUUCGCCGACAACAUGUUUUACAAGGCCGAGGCGUAUAUUGGUUCCGAGUACGCCGGCAAGAUUUUGUACGAGAACGGGCUGACGCCCAUCUACGUCAGUGACAAUCCGGUGCUCAACGCCCAACACGUCGUGUUUGAGGCGGCCAAGGCUUUCGGCUAUGGGCUUCCGUAUCAUGCGGCGCUUGCGUCGGUCACUACUGCCCCCGCUGAGCGUCUUGGGCUGGGUCAACGGCUUGGCAAGGUCAAGCCUGGAUUUGAUGCGGACAUUGUCGUUUGGGAUAGCGACCCGCUCAGCGUUGGUGCAACUCCCGUGCAGGUCUGGAUUGAUGGCACCCCUCAGUUUGAGGAUGGCUUCAAGCUUGAGAAGCCACACUCUGACCCUCUCGGACCGGAUGCGGCUGCCCCGGUUACUGUGGAGGAGUCGAAGUCAGUACGCGACAUUAUCUUCUACGGGGUGCAAAAGUCUUUCUUGGACAGCAGCGAGAAUGAACCUACCAGCCUUGAGGGCUCCGUCGUCAUCGUCCGCGGUGGCAAGAUCAUCUGCACAGGCACGUGCUCGGCAGAGCUCGCCUCGGCCACCAACAACAAAGAUGUCACGGAGGUCCACCUCAAGAACGGUCACAUCACCAAGCCUUUCACGGCGUUCGGUUCCGCCAUUGGCCUCAACGCCAUCGAUGCUGAGAAGGACACAGACAACGGCGGCGACUCUGGGACCUUCUCCCGCGCAGUCGAUGGGCUUGCUCUGGGCACCAAGAAGCUGCACUAUGCGCACAAGUAUGGCGUGACGCGCGCCAUCUCUGCGCCGCGGUACACCUCGCUGGGCACGCACCAGGGCACGAGCGUUGGGUUCCGCACAUCUGCGCGGACCAGCAUCGACGAGGGUGCGGUCUUCGCCGAGGAUGCCGCCGUGCACUACACGCUCGACCACACAGCCAAGAGCGGGAGCAAGAGCAUCUCACACGCAGUCGACACGCUGCGUCACAAGCUCUUGCAGGCUGCCAAACCUAGCACUGACGAGGACAAGGAAGACCCAUUCAGCGAGGUGGCGUACCUACGCAAGGUCGUCCGGGGAGAGGCGACGCUCGCGCUCACGGUGCACAGCGCCGAUGGCAUCGCAAACGUCCUCAAACUCAAGGACACCGUGGACAAGGCCGUCAGCACUAGCCCAGCCUCCACCUCCUCCUUCUCCUCCUCUGCUCGUAGCAAGGAUGGCGUCAGCAUUACCAUCAUUGGUGGCGCAGAAGCGCACCUGCUGGCCAAGGAGCUCGCCGCGGCAAAGGUAGGCGUUGUCCUGGCACCGCUUAACUCGUACCGCUCCACGUGGGACCAGCGGCGGGCCCUCGUCGGCGCGCCGCUGAACAACGGGACCGCCGUGGAGAAGCUCGUGGCCGCGGGCGUCACGACGGCCAUCGGGCUCGAGGAGGACUGGCUCGUGCGGGACAUGGCCUUGCUGGCGGGCAUUGCAGCGCGCAACAGCGGCGGGAUCAUUGGCGAGCGGGAGGCUCUGGAGCUCGUUGGCGGUAACGUCUACAAGAUGCUGGGUCUUGCCGAGAAGGGAGAGGUGGAAAAGGACGAGUUUGUCGUGUUUGAGGGCAACCCGCUGGAGAUUGGUGCGAGAGUGCGGGCAGUGGCUGGCGGGAUGGGGAGUGUGGACGUGUACGAUGAGGUUGUCUGAUGUCGCUAUGCUGCAGAAGGCACUCGUGGCCGUCACAUCAUGUAGCGACUGAGGGUGCGCUACGAAGCGUCUCAAAUUCAGACUUUAAACUUAUGAGUUGUCUGUCUCUUGGUUCAGCCACUAUGUUCUGCUUUGGCCUUGCCUAGUGUAUUCGUAUUCCGCGUUGUGCAUGGCUCGGGUACACUGUCUGCACGAACUUGCACGUAUUUCCAAGCAGACUACAGGAGACGCACGACGGCCAGUGGUGACAUGGUCGAGCAGGGUCUCAUCGGCUCGUCGUCGAACGUCUGUCAAGCAUGGCGAGACACUCUCGAACGCGCUGAGCCGCAGACGAUACCAUGGCCGUUUGGUUGUGCACUAUCAAUUGGACAGCGGGAUAGACACUAACAAUCAGUUGGGACGCACGCAUUGCUUAGAAAUCCAAAGC